AUGCCCUUACAGAAUAUGCAGGAGGUUGAGGUGUUUGAUUGCUGGGGCAUAGAUUUGGUUGGCCCACUGCCUUCUUCCUUCAAAAAUGAAUACAUUCUGGGGGCAGUGGACUAUGUCUCAAAAUGGGUUGAAGCCAUUGCUACACCCAAGGCGGAUGGCAAAACAGUAGUGAAGUUUCUCAAGAAGCACAUAUUCAGCAGAUUUAGCACCCCCAGGGUACUUAUCAGUGAUGGAGGUUCACACUUCUGCAAUGCUCAGUUGGAGAGGGCUCUAGAACAUUAUGGAGUCCAUCAUAAGGUUGCUACUGCCUAUCACCCUCAAACCAAUGGGCAAGCUAAGGUCUCUAACAGAGAGAUCAAGAGGAUUAUGGAGAAGACUGUGUCAGCUUCAAGGAAGGACCGGUCUACAAAGCUUGAUGAAGCUCUAUGGGCUUAUAGAACCGCCUUCAAGUCUCUAAUUGGUCUCACUCCAUUUCAGUUGGUGUAUGGGAAAGCUUGCCAUCUUCCCAGGAAGUUGGAGUUGCAUGCUCUUGAUGAAUUGAGGCUUCAAGCCUAUGAAUCAUCCAAGCUUUACAAGGAAAAAGUCAAGAGCUAUCAUGACAAGAAAAAUCUGAAGAGAGAGUUCAGGGCAGGCCAGUCGGUGCUUCUGUUCAAUUCCAGGCUCAAACUCUUCCCUAGAAAACUGAGAUCAAAGUGGUCUGGCCCUUUCAGAGUUAAGGAGGUGAAACCUUAUGGUGCCAUAGAAAUUGAAGAUCCGGAGGCACAAAGGAGCUGGGUCGUGAAUGGACAGCGGUUGAAACCCUACUUGGGUGGAGAAGUCGAAAGACUCUAUUGUAUCUUUUCUUUCAGAGACCCUUGA